AGAACGUGUGUUAGCAGGGGCUCGCGCUGAUCCAAGUUAGGAGCUCUCAGCUGCUAGCCUCGGCCCAUCAUGUAAGUGCCUGCCGAGGUUUCUUUUGCAGAGCGCUUGCAGAAAUCUCCCCGUCGCGCUUUGCGAAGCGUGCAUUUGAAAUCUUAACAAUUGCACGGAGAAGAACUCACCCGACGGCCAAAGCUUCCGAUUGCAUGAAGAUCGGGGCUUGUUUUUUGCACCUUUGUUGCUGCUUGAAGCCUUGCUGCGAGGGAUAUAUGGAGGGAGGGAGCGAGGAUAGCAAAGUCUUUUGUGCUUCCCCUUCCCCCAAGCCGAAAGAGGAGAUGUCUGGGCCAAAAUCAGGUAAAAAGAAGCCCCCACUCAAGCUUCCGAAAGAGGCGUUUGAGAAACCCCAACCUGCACCCACACCCCCAAGAGACCUGGACUCCAAAGCCUGUGUUACCAUCGGAGAAAAGAACUUUGUUGUGAAGGCGGAUGAUUUGGAGCAGAUUGGAGAGUUGGGCCGAGGAGCGUAUGGAGUGGUGGACAAGAUGAGACACGUCCCCAGUGGCGUAAUAAUGGCUGUAAAGCGCAUCCGGGCCACGGUAAACACGCAGGAACAGAAGCGACUGCUGAUGGAUCUGGACAUAUCGAUGAGAACAGUCGACUGCUUUUACACUGUUACCUUCUACGGGGCACUUUUCAGAGAGGGUGAUGUGUGGAUCUGCAUGGAGCUGAUGGACACCUCUCUGGAUAAGUUUUACAAGCAGGUGCAUGAGAAGGGUAAGAACAUCCCUGAGGACAUCCUGGGCAAGAUCGCAGUCUCUAUUGUGAAAGCAUUGGAGCAUCUCCACAGCAACCUACAAGUGAUCCACAGAGAUGUGAAACCCUCAAAUGUCCUGAUAAACAUGCAGGGGCAGGUGAAAAUGUGUGAUUUUGGCAUCAGCGGCUAUUUGGUGGAUUCAGUUGCAAAGACUAUGGAUGCCGGCUGUAAGCCAUACAUGGCGCCUGAACGAAUCAAUCCGGAAACCAAUCAGAAAGGCUACAAUGUCAAGUCUGACAUCUGGAGUUUAGGAAUCACAAUGAUUGAACUGGCCAUUCUAAAGUUCCCAUAUGACUCAUGGGGAACACCAUUUCAACAGCUAAAGCAGGUGGUGGAGGAGCCGUCCCCCCAGUUGCCUGCUGACCGCUUCUCGUCUGAGUUUGUGGACUUCACGACACAAUGCUUAAAGAAGAAUUCCAAAGAGCGGCCAAACUACACAGAAUUAAUGCAACAUCCAUUUUUCACCCUCCAUGACUCCAAAGACACCGACGUCGCUAGCUUUGUGAAGAGCAUCCUUGGGGACUGAGCACGUCCCUCUCAGCAAAACUGACGUGUUGCCGCGGGGGGAAGACGGGACUGUUUCAGAAAAAGCACCAAUAGCAAGACUCAACACCUGUAAGACACGCCCACCUCAGCAGCGGUGCGCAAGCACCCAGGAAGGUCCGGGGAGAGAACACAAAAACUGAGGGGGGCGGGACGUUUCCUAGCAACACACCGGAGUAGGGCCUGGGACGGGUAUCUUAGUGCAUGCGUGCACGUAUGCGUGGGUUCGUGUGCAAGAGCGAGUGCGUCUGUGUGCGUGUGAAUUAUUUGCCUGCCUGUAUGUGCAUCCAUGUGCAUUAAAAGGUUUGACUGUCCCAAGUCUGAAUUUCAAGUCACACUUUUUCAAUCCCAGCUUUUCCUCUCAGUUCAUAAAGCCGUUUUAGCAUCAGGUGAGAGUCUGACAUCAAUGUUUCCCCACCGGCACUUCAGUAUCAAAGUAUUCAGCAAUGUUACCAACGCACCACGUCCAGUUAACUUAGAAAAAUAAAAAUGAGAGUGGUAUAGAUAUAUUUAUCUAUUAUCUAGAUAUGUAUAUAUACUCUAAUUGUCUCUUGAAUUUGUUAAAUGAGUACACGAGGACAAUAUACUGUGUUGCCUAUUAAAAAUGGAUGAAUGAACACUUCUUUCUUUUCUCUCCCAUCUGAAUUUGCGAAGACAGAUUGGUGCGUCUGUGUCAUCUUAUGCUUAUCUCAGAUCAGUUUGUAAAUGUUAAGGGUUAGCAACUGAAGAGCUGUCCAUGUUAACAGCUAGAUGAAAAGUACUUUGCUUGGAUGUCUGUGUGGAUAUGUGUGUGCGUACGUGUGUGCUUUAUUUGCAACUCUAUACCAAGGUAAUUUGGGGCAGAAGGUAUCUAAGUCCGUUGGCUACAACUAGUUGUCUCUGAGCCAAUCAAAUGAAUUGAUCUCUCUUUCCAACUGCAAUCCAACUGGAAAUAUAUUAUUACAAUUAUUUUUAUGAUGAUAAUAAUUAUUAUUAUACACAGUGCAUAUGUAUUAAAAGUAAUGAGGUGUUCUGCCAAUUCUGUACGUGUUGUAACUGCUGUUUUUCUCAUUGGAAACUUGACAAUUUCUUUUUAAUUUUACAGUUGCGUGCAGGUGUGAGCAUCUGAUCUUUUGCGUGCGUGCGCGUGUUAAAGUGAGAACGUGUGUGUGUAUGCAUGUGGACGUUGGGUUACGGUCUUAACACACGUAGCUGACACUUAUUUCAAAGCUUCACUGUGAUUUGGAAGCCUGAUUUUGUGCCUCUUUAAAAUGCAAAAAAAAUAAUCAAACACAUGAAAACUACAAGUCCCACAAUGCUUUGCUGUCCACAGUUUUCAGAUAGUGGCGACGGGUCUGUUGCUUUGCUUUUUGGGCUUCUGGUUUUAUUCUCGUAAUGUUUCUGUAAGGUGAAGAUGACGUAUGCGUGCGAACGUGUGGGUUUUUCCUCUUUGUGUUUUUUUUUUGUGUUUUUUUUUUGUCUUGUGACCACUGUAUACAGAAUGGAUAACACUGCUGAUUUGCCUGUAAUCGUUAUAUUGUUUGAUUCAAACAUAAAAGUUCUCUUAUAUCUUC